AAUCACACAGCCCAGGGGAUUAUUUCACUGCGUUGGGGACUACUUGUUGGUGGCGGAAGCACCUCUGCAUGAAGAAGAACACAAACAGUUUAUUCGUUCGGGCUCAGAAAAGCUGUUUCUGUCCUGUGCGUAAAAAAAAUAAAAAAACUCCGGAUAGGUGAGCGCAUUUUUUUUUUUUUUACUCCAAAGAGACGCCUCUGGUACGUCUGUGGGAUUGCCCUGUGUUUCUAUCCCGCACAUGGCUAAAUAUAAGUCGGUGACAAAUAGUCCAAAUACAGUAGCAACCCAACUGUGAUGUGGGGGUGGUGCUGAGAGAACAGCUCCGUCUCCAAAGUCUCCCCUCUGUUGGAUCCGGAGUCCGCCAGGAGGAAGGUCGCACCGAGUCUCUCAGCUCCGCUCAGCUCCCACCUGCACUUGAUGCUUUUUAUUCUCAUUUACGACCAUGAAGAGACAAAACGCCCGGACUCUCGCCCUCAUCGUCAGCAUCCUCACCUACCUGGUGGUCGGAGCGGCCGUGUUCGAGACCCUGGAGUCGAAGCAGGAGAAAACUCACAAGAGGAGGCUCGACGCCCGAAAGUACGAACUCAUGCGCAAAUACAACUUGACCAAAGAGAACUUCGAGGAGCUGGAGCACGUCGUGCUGCAGCUCAAACCUCACAAAGCAGGGGUCCAGUGGAAAUUUGCUGGGUCCUUUUACUUCGCCAUCACUGUGAUUACGACAAUAGGUUACGGCCAUGCGGCGCCCAGCACCGACUCAGGGAAAGUGUUCUGCAUGUUCUACGCCCUCCUGGGGAUCCCGCUCACCCUGGUCAUGUUCCAGAGCCUGGGUGAGCGGAUCAACACGUUCGUCAGGUACCUGCUGCACCAAGCCAAGAAGUGCCUGGGAAUGCGUCAGACCGAGGUCUCCAUGGCAAACAUGGUGACGGUGGGCUUCUUCUCCUGCAUGAGUACCCUGUGCGUGGGGGCCGCGGCGUUCUCCCACUGCGAGGGAUGGAGCUUCCUCCACGCCUUUUACUACUGCUUCAUCACGCUCACCACCAUCGGGUUCGGAGACUAUGUGGCUCUGCAGAGGGACGACGCGCUGCAGAACGACCCUCGGUACGUGGCGUUCUGCUUUGUGUACAUCCUGAUGGGCCUGACGGUGAUCGGAGCGUUCCUCAACCUGGUGGUGCUUCGCUUCCUGACCAUGAACACCGAGGACGAGCGCAGGGACGCCAAGCAGCGGGCCUUGAUGUCCGUGAACAAGCCCAGAGGAGAGGUGGCUCGUCUGUUGCCCAUCUCGGCCUCCACCUCUUCCACACCUGUAGCAGACGACACCGCAAAGGCUAAAGAUUUAAAAGGUGUCUACACCGAGGUGCUGCAUUUCCAGACUAUUUGCUCCUGCCUGUGGUACAGGAGCAAGGAGAAGCUGCAGGGCUCCACCAUGAUCCCUCAGGAGCUGACGUUCUCCGAUGCCUACCUGCAGCAGAACAGUAACUGUCCUCACUACAUGGAGCCCUCGUCGACAGGCUGCGUCUGCAGUCCACGUCAGUGUUCGAGCAUAAGCUCCAUAACAACAGGCCUACACAUUCUCUCUCCCUUCAGGGUGUUUAAGAGACGCAGCUCCGUCUAGCCUUCCCAUACAGCAGCUCUCAGUACAGCACAAUGUGUCUAUACUGCCAAGCGGACAACAGAUACUUGGCAGUCCUCACCGCAAGGACGUGACUGCAAGUAGAUGUUUGUGGUGCUAUAAUCCCAGUAAACCAACUGUAGGACACGCAAAAGGGAAAAGCUCGUACGGUACCGUAAACAGCACAGUCUUACUCAGAUUGAGAAGAAAGAGCACAACUCGCCGUGUGUGGAUGUUUGAGGUCGUAUUCAGGGGCGUCCUAUAUGCUUUUUUUGUGGGUCACUGCAGCUGAAGGCGCCGCAGCACUUGUGGUUCACAGCACAGCUGCAACCGAUUAGUUGAUUAAUCACUGAGUCGUUUGAAAAGAAGAGAUUAUUUUUUGCCAACCGAUUAAUUGAUUUGUUUCCAUCAUUAUCCAAACAUCUUCCUGGUAAAAUUCACCAAUCUUCCUAAUUUUACCAGUACACUCCUGUGGUAAUAACUCUAUCAUAUUUCUCCUGAUCUACAGACCUUUUUGCCUGGAAGUCAUCGUAACCUGCUGUACUUGUUGCACUGCGUCUUCUUCUGUGGCUGCCAACCACAGAUACGGUCUCUGUUCCAACUUUCUGUUACUUCAUGUCGAGACUUUCCCCUCUUUUUGGUUUAAUUUUCAAUGUCAUCUUGUGAUAAUGCUGUUCUUGUGCUCCAGUUAGCUCUUGGCACAAAAAAAAAAAUGCUUGAUUAGGCCGAGGAAAAGAUGUGCUGAGGUUUGACGUUAGAAACACUCGGUCACUGUGCAAAAUAUACAGUGAUGUCUUGCCUACAAAUGUUGAAAUGCCACAGUCCCUUGUCAAAAGUACCUAGUUGUUGAAACACUGUCUCAAACUGCAGUCACUGGCUUUGUGUCUAACCCCAUUGCCAACAUUUCAUCCUGGCAGCUGGCCUGUUUUCUUUGUGAUUUAUGACAGCAAACUUUAUAUAGAAUUUGGGUUUAGCACUCGGCCGUUUCUAAAACAAGAAGCAAUUUCAAGAUGUCACUUUGUGCUCCGGGAAGUUGUGCUGAGCUGGAAUGAUUCAUCGGGUUAUCUGUGAAAAUAAUCUCAUAGAUGAUUGUCAGUUGGAGGCCGAGUGUGAAGAGUAACCGUAACUUUUAGGUGAUCGCACACUGGCAGAACCGGUUCAGUCAGCUGAGCCGUUAAAAGCUGAAUCUUCUUAGACAACAGCUCUGCAGAAUUUUUGCAAAUAAUCUCAUAACUAAUGAUUCAAUUCGGGGGAGGGGGGAUGUUUUUGAAGGCUGUACUUUGUAGUGUCAGUUGUUUUUUCUUGUGUUAUUUGCAUUUGUGACUGAUGCGGCAUCCGUUCACCCUCCGGCCCCUCAGAACAUAUAUACACACAACUCGUGAUUUUCAGAACUUCAUGAGAGCUGACACACACUGGUAUCUGCGUGGUGACUCAUUCCCUGUGUAGCUGCCUCUGUUGUUGGGGAUUUUCAGCGCGCUCUGCCCAAAAUUUUCUGGUGCAUCAGCCACAAACACUGCAAAAUUAUGUAACGUCACAAGUGGAGAGGUUCAAAGAAUCACGAUGACAUACCCCAAACACAGUAAAAACUGCAUUAUGACAGAAGUAGACACUCACCAGCGCUGACUGAAGCACACAACAACACGACGGAUCGCAGCUUCAGAAAAAAGAAAAAAAAAAAAAAAAAAAAGACCAUCAGGUUGAAUCAACAGCUUUGAGGAUCUCAACAAAAACCGAACAUGAUUCAUUUUACAGGCCUGGUAUUCGCUGCAGGGUUGGUAACAUUCAUCACCAUUUGGCACUUGAGUAACUACGCGCCAAACAUGUGGUUACUUGACCGGUACAGCGAUUGCAAUAUUAAAGGAAUAGUUCGACAUUUCUGCGAUUUAGAUUGAAGACGUGUUUCUUCCGCUGACGAGAUUGAUAUCACUGUAAUAGCUGUGAAUCAUUAUCUUAGCUAAGAAUAGCAAAAUGGAAA